UUAUCAAUAAUUACAUUCAUAUUAAAUUGUUAUAUUAUUUUAUUAAUUAAUUGUAAUAGUGAAGUAAAUGCCAACUCAGAUAAGAUACCAUUAGGUGCAAUAUUUGAACAAGGUACAGAUGAAGUACAAUCAGCAUUUAAAUUUGCAAUAGCAACACAUAAUCAAAAUAUUACUGGUCGAAGAUUUGAACUUCAAGCGUUUGUGGAUGUCAUUAAUACAGCUGAUGCAUUUAAACUUUCACGACUUAUUUGCAAUCAAUUUUCACGUGGAGUAUUUUCUAUGGUGGGUGCUGUAUCCCCUGACUCAUUUGAUACACUACAUUCAUACAGCAACACUUUCCAAAUGCCAUUUGUAACACCAUGGUUUCCAGAAAAAGUUCUUACACCAUCAUCUGGAUCACUUGAUUAUGCAAUCAGUAUGCGACCAGAAUAUCAUCAAGCAAUUAUUGAUACUGUUCGAUAUUAUGGAUGGAGAAAAAUUGUUUAUGUAUAUGAUUCGAACGAUGGUUUAUUAAGACUACAACAAAUAUACCAAGGUUUACAUCCAGCAAAAGAAGGUUUUCAAGUAACAAAUGUGCGAAGAAUAUCAAAUGUAACUGAAGCAAUGGAAUUUCUACGCGGAUUGGAGGAUCAAUCACGAUUCAAUGAUAAAUAUAUAGUUUUAGAUUGUUCAGCACAAAUGGCAAAAGAUAUUGUGAUUAGUCAUGUACGCGAUGUAGCUUUAGGGAAACGAACAUAUCAUUAUUUAUUAAGCGGUUUGAUUAUGGAUGACCGUUGGGAAUCCGAAGUAAUUGAAUUUGGUGCAAUAAAUAUUACUGGAUUUAGAAUAAUUGACCAAUCUCGUCGAUUGGUAAAAGAUUUCAUCGAUGGUUGGAAAAGACAAGAGCAAGCCACAUUACCAGGCGCUGGACGAGAAUCUAUAUCAGCUCAAGCAGCAUUAAUGUAUGAUGCUGUAUUUGUUUUAGUUGAAGCUUUAAAUAAAAUGUUAAAGAAAAAACCAGAUUUGUUUAGAAGUAAUUUUCGUAGAGGUCAAAUGUUAAGUAAUGGAACUAGAGCUUUAGAUUGUAAUACAUCCAAAGGAUGGGUAACUCCUUGGGAACAUGGUGAUAAAAUUUCAAGAUUAUUACGUAAAGUUGAAAUAGAAGGAUUAACAGGAGAAAUUCGAUUCAAUGAUGAUGGACGUCGGCAAAAUUAUACUUUACAUGUAGUAGAAAUGACAGUGAAUAGUGCAAUGGUUAAAGUGGCCGAAUGGACUGAUGAAACUGGAUUUACUCCUGUUGCAGCAAAAUAUGUACGGUUAAAGCCGCAACAACAAAUUGAAAAGAAUAGAACUUAUAUCGUGACGACAAUAGUGGAAGAACCGUACGUUAUGAUAACGGAUAACAAUUCAUUUGAAGGAUAUUGCAAAGAUUUGGCUGAUUUAAUAUCUAAAAGAUUGGAUAUACAAUAUGAAUUAAGAAUAGUAAAAGACGGAAAAUAUGGUGCUGAAAAUCCUGAAAUGAAAGGAGGCUGGGAUGGAAUGGUUGGGGAAUUAAUACGAAAUGAAGCGGAUAUAGCAAUUGCUUCAAUGACCAUAACAUCCGAGAGAGAAAGGGUGAUCGAUUUUAGCAAACCAUUUAUGUCACUUGGAAUUUCAAUUAUGAUCAAGAAACCGGUGAAACAAAAACCAGGAGUGUUUAGUUUCUUGAAUCCUUUAUCAAAAGAAAUUUGGGUAUGUGUAAUAUUCAGUUACAUAGGCGUUAGCAUUGUAUUGUUCACUGUUUCACGAUUCUCACCUUACGAAUGGAGGUUAUUACAUUUAUCCGGUGAACAUAGAGAUCCUCCAGGUCAAGUAUCUGCAAAUAAUUCAAUGGCAAAUGAUUUCACUAUUUUAAAUUCAUUGUGGUUUGCACUGGGUGCAUUCAUGCAACAAGGUUGUGAUAUAUCACCUAGAUCUGUAUCUGGUCGAAUUGUUGGUUCUGUAUGGUGGUUCUUUACAUUAAUUCUAAUUUCAUCGUACACAGCUAAUUUAGCUGCAUUUUUAACUGUUGAACGUAUGGUUGCGCCAAUCAAUUCACCAGAAGAUUUAGCCUCACAAACAGAAGUAGAAUACGGAACCUUGUAUCACGGAUCAACAUGGGACUUUUUCCGAAGAUCACAAAUAACACUUUAUUCAAAAAUGUGGGAAUAUAUGAAAUCUCGUAAACAUGUGUUUGUGCAUACAUAUGAUGAAGGAAUUCGAAGAGUUCGUGCAUCGAAAGGCAAAUAUGCUUUAUUAAUUGAAUCACCAAAAAAUGAUUACAUCAACGAGCGAGAACCAUGUGAUACAAUGAAAGUUGGACGAAAUUUAGAUGCUAAAGGAUUUGGUGUUGCUACACCGUUAGGGUCACCUUUAAGAGAGAGUAUAAAUUUAGCAGUUUUACAGUUGAAAGAAAGUGGUGAACUUACGAAAUUGACCAAUAAAUGGUGGUAUGAUCGAACGGAAUGUAAACAUGGCGAUAAACAGGAUGCAUCCAGAAAUGAACUGUCUUUAAGUAAUGUUGCUGGAAUAUUUUAUAUACUGAUAGGUGGUCUACUGUUGGCAUUAAUUGUAGCAUUACUUGAGUUCUGCUAUAAAUCACAUUCAGAGGCAACAAGAGCGAAAAUACCAUUAAGUGAUGCAAUGAAAGCUAAAGCUCGAUUAACAAUUGGCGGUGGUCGUGAUUUUGAUAAUGGAAGAUACUAUACACCAGCCAAUCAAAUAGCAGGCAAUCCAGAUCAAGAGCCAAUUCAUACAAAUACACAUACACAAGUAUAGAAUAGUAAAAUAAAAAGUAUUUGAUAUAUGAAACUGCCGUAAGAAUAUCAAAUGGUCCGUCAAAUAUUUUAUAUUUUUGUUGUGUAAUGAU